CGUGUUGCAAAUAUGGUGGACUUUUUGUUAUCUUCUUGAAAAAGUCUGUGAGAAAAAGUGGCUAAAAUCCCUGGAAGUGCAGUGAAUUGACAGAGAAGAGACUGUUUUUAGUCUUCUACGGUGGAAAUGUGGCGUGAAUCUUCUGGGAAGUUGUGAGAAAAAUGGACAAAAUACCGAGAAUCACUUGGUGAUUGAGUGGACAGGACAUUCCAGUGAAUUUCCCAGUGACACAGACUCUCUAAUUCCUAGCAUGAGACCAAGUGUGAUGCUAAUUCAGGUCAUUUUGACCACUGUUUGCCUUCUGCGGACCGCAAACGCCGCCUCAGCAUUCAGAUCAGCUGAGAAUCACUAUGUCAGCGAUGUGGAAGUGUCUGAGGACUCCUCAGAGAUUGUCCAGGAGACUGAGAAGCCGGCAAAGUCGUCCCGGCGACGAGUUCUCGAAGCGUACAAGAAUGCCAGCGACAUUGAGUUCUCCACGCCGAGGCCUAAGCUCAAGUGCCACUGUGAUUUGUGCUUCGACACCAACUACAUCUGCGAAACCGAGGCGCUCUGCUUCACGUCCGUGGAGCUGAAGAGGAGCAGAGAAAUUGUCUCCUAUCGAUGCAUCACGGAGUCCAGCACGCUGCGCAAUCGUCUGCCGAUUCAGUGCUUGACGUCCAAGGAGAAACUGCGCGAGUACAACGUUCAGUGCUGCGACACGGACUUCUGCAACAAUGACAUCACAGUGAAGAUCCUGCGGAACAAGCUGUACGAGGAUCAGGAGCUGGUGAACUGGGACAUCGUGCUGUAUCUCGUGGCUGCGACGUUUCUCCUCUGCUGCAUCGCUCUGCUCACGUAUUGUCUGAUCUAUCGGCGGAAGCGAUGCGCCAACAUGCGAUCCUUCGUGAUUGACGACUCAGAGUGCGAUCGCAUCCUGCACGGACACACAAUUCAGGACAUGAUUGAGCUGACGACGUCCGGCUCGGGAUCGGCCGGGCUGCCGCUUCUGGUGCAGCGCUCCAUCGCGCGGCAGAUCCAGCUGGUGGAGAUCAUCGGCAAGGGGCGCUUCGGUGAGGUGUAUCAGGGUCGCUGGCGCGGUGAGAAUGUGGCCGUGAAGAUCUUCUCGUCGCGCGAAGAGUGCUCGUGGUUCCGCGAGGCGGAGAUCUAUCAGACGGUGAUGCUGCGCCACGAGAACAUCCUGGGCUUCAUUGCUGCGGACAACAAGGACAACGGCACGUGGACGCAGCUGUGGCUGGUGACGGAUUACCAUGAGAAUGGCUCGCUGUUUGACUUCUUGGCGCUGCGCACCGUGGACACGCGCACGAUGCUCACCAUGGCGCUGUCCAUUGCCACGGGCCUGGCGCAUCUGCACAUGGACAUUGUGGGCACACGCGGCAAGCCCGCGAUCGCGCAUCGUGACCUCAAGACCAAGAAUGUGCUGGUGAAGGCCAAUCUGAGCUGCGCCAUUGGCGAUCUGGGUCUGGCCGUGCGCCACGACGUGAAGAACGACACCGUGGACAUCCCGGCCACGCAUCGUGUGGGCACGAAGCGCUACAUGGCGCCCGAGGUGCUCGAGGACACCAUCAAUCCCACGCAGUUCGACGCCUUCAAGCGCGCCGACGUGUACGCCUUCGGGCUGAUCCUGUGGGAGAUCGCGCGGCGCUGCAGCGUGGCCGGCGUGCACGACGACUACCAGCUGCCCUACUUCGAUCUCGUGCAGCCCGAUCCCACCAUCGAGGAGAUGCGCAAGGUCGUGUGCACGGACCGCCAGCGGCCGCACGUGCCGGCGCGCUGGCACGCCAACGGCGUGCAGCACAGCAUCGCCAAGGUGAUGAAGGAGUGCUGGUAUCAGAAUCCCGCCGCACGCCUCACGGCGCUCAGGAUCAAGAAGACGCUGGCCAGCGUGAGUCCGGAGGACUAAGCGUGCAAGGUGAGAUGAUGUUGAGCAUGCAAAUUGAGAUUCUUGAGAGGUAAAGAUUGACCAUGCACACAGCCCGAUUCACUUGGGUGACAUUUAUCUGUUAAACUGGAGCCAUUUCACUCCCAUUGAGGCACUUUUGACCGAUUUCUCUGCACUCGAGAUCGCAAUGUUUUAAUGCCAUUCUAAAUGGGGGCAUUUUGGGACAUUUUUUGAGAAAAGUUCACACUGAAAACUCUUCUACCUCUCAUGCCAAGACUAUUGAAGAAAAGUGAAGAAAAGAAAAGUAAAAAACGCAAUUCUUAUAAUAAAGUGAUAAUACUUUCAAUUUAGGCCCAAGAAUUACUACUUGAAGAUGUUAUUUAGUCUGAAAUCAGUCACAUAACCUAGAAAGAAUAUGACAAAAUUAGGACUUGUGUUAUUUGCUAUUCUGGCCCAAAAUGUGUUAAACUAUUUCAAAAGGUGAGUGACAGAUUUAAAUCUGCAAAUAUCUUACAAAAAUGAAUCAAUCUGCAAUUGUAGCUCUAAUUUUUUAUGUAUAAACAUGAAUUAUGUUUGCAUUAAAUUCUUUUUAUCACGGAUUUACUAAUUAUGAACUGGAAUUUUAGUAAUUUUGCCAAAUUUCACAAUUUUUCUUCCUCUUAAACAUUGUGG